AUGGGUAAAAGAAGAGUAGAUGAAGAAUCUGAUUCAGAUAUUGAUGUUAGUUCAACCGAUUCAGAAACUGAAUUAGAAAGCACACAACAACAACAACAACAACAAGAAGGUGCUACUACAAUUCAAGAAACUGUUGAUGUUGAUUUUGAUUUUUUUGAUUUAAAUCCUCAAAUUGAUUUCCAUGCUACUAAGAAUUUUUUAAGACAAUUAUUUGGUGAUGAUAAUGGAGAAUUUAAUUUAAGUGAAAUAGCCGAUUUAAUUUUACGAGAAAAUUCCGUGGGGACAUCAAUUAAAACUGAAGGAAUGGAAAGUGAUCCAUUUGCAAUUUUAAGUGUAAUUAAUUUAACUAAUAAUUUAAAUGUGGCCGUGAUUAAACAAUUGAUUGAAUAUAUUUUAAAUAAAACCAAAUCUAAAACUGAAUUCAAUAUUAUUUUGAAAAAAUUGUUAACCAAUCAGAACGAUACUACUAGAGAUAGGAAAUUUAAAACUGGAUUAAUAAUUAGUGAAAGAUUUAUAAAUAUGCCAGUUGAAGUGAUUCCACCAAUGUAUAAAAUGCUUUUACAAGAAAUGGAAAAAGCUGAAGAUGCUCAUGAAAAUUAUGAAUUUGAUUAUUUUUUAAUUAUAUCAAGAGUUUAUCAAUUAGUUGAUCCAGUGGAAAGAGAAGAUGAAGAUCACGAAAAAGAAUCCAAUCGUAAAAAGAAGAACAAGAAUAAGAAGAAGAAAUUGGCUAAUAAUGAACCAAAACCAAUAGAAAUGGAUUAUUUCCAUCUUGAAGAUCAAAUUUUGGAAUCAAAUACUCAAUUUAAAGGAAUAUUUGAAUAUAAUAAUGAAAAUAAACAAGAAACAGAUUCAAGAAGAGUAUUUACUGAAUAUGGUAUUGAUCCUAAAUUAAGUUUAAUCUUAAUUGAUAAGGAUAAUUUAGCUAAAUCAGUCAUUGAAAUGGAACAACAAUUCCCACCUCCAUAA